UGGUGCAUUGUGGGCCCAGCUCUCGCGCCUCUCGCACUGCCAGCCUCGGUCUCGUCCUGAGGGAGCGCGCGCCUCCGGCCCAGCCCCGCUCUCGCCGCCUCCGCUCUGCUUCCCGCGCGCGCCCCCGCGCCAUGGCUUCCAAUUCUCCCGUGAAGCGGCCACGCAUGGACUCGGCGCUCGAGCAGCUGCGGCGCUACACCACCGUGGUGGCCGACACGGGCGACUUCCGCGCCAUUGACGAGUAUAAGCCCCAGGAUGCCACCACCAAUCCCUCUCUGAUCUUGGCUGCAGCCCAGAUGCCGGCCUACCAGAACCUUGUAGAAGAUGCUGUUGCUUAUGGAAAAAAGCUUGGGGGGUCCCAGGAAAAGCAGAUCCAGAACGCCAGCGACAAGCUGUUUGUGUUGUUUGGGGUGGAGAUCCUGAAGAAGAUCCCAGGCCGGGUCUCCACAGAAGUCGACGCCAGGUUGUCCUUUGACAAAGAAGAAAUGGUCCAGAGGGCCUUGCGCCUCAUCGAGCUCUACAAGGAAGCCGGCAUCAGCAAGGAGCGCAUCCUCAUCAAGCUGUCCUCCACCUGGGAAGGGAUUCAGGCCGGAAAGAUCCUGGAGGAGCAGCAUGGCGUCCACUGCAACAUGACCCUGCUGUUCUCCUUUGCUCAGGCCGUGGCCUGCGCCGAGGCCGGCGUGACCCUCAUCUCCCCCUUUGUUGGGCGCAUCUUGGACUGGCACGUGGCAAACACAGACAAGAAAUCCUACGAGCCCCACGAGGACCCAGGCGUGAAGAGCGUCACCAAGAUCUACAACUACUACAAGAAGUUUGGCUACAAGACCAUUGUGAUGGGCGCCUCCUUCCGCAACGUGGGCGAGAUCAAGGCCCUGACGGGCUGCGACUACCUCACCAUCUCCCCCAAGCUCCUGGGGGAGCUGCUCAAGGAGAACGCCAAGCUCACCCCCGUGCUCAGCGUCCCAGAAGCCCAGGCCAGCAAGCUGGAGAAGGUCCACCUGGACGAGAAGGCCUUCCGCUGGGAGCACAACCAGGACCAGAUGGCCGUGGAGAAGCUGUCCGACGGCAUCCGCAAGUUUGCCGCCGACGCCGUGAAGCUGGACAAGAUGCUGCAGGAGAGGAUGUUCGGCGCCGAGAACGGGAGCUAAGGGCCCCGGGCCGGACGGACGCAGCCAAUUGGGAGUCUGGGCUGAGCUGGCGCAGCGGCCACAGGGACGGAGCUUCGGGCGAUGAGGCUCGGCGGCGCUUGGAUUUUUAUGUCAGUUUGCCUAAUGCAUUAAAAGGAUUCCUCACCA